AUGGGAAAUACUGAAUUAGAAUUAUGGGAGGAAUUUUGGAAAGAAAAGACAGAAUUACCAUCUAUUUCAGAUACAUUAAAUUUUAUGGAUAUUAGAGGCUUUCCAAAAAUUUUAGAGGCUUUUCAUAUACUUGCUAUAAUACCAAUCACAACUUGUAAGUGUGAAAGGUCAAUAUCUACUCUUAGGAGAAUAAAAACCUACACUAGGAGUACUAUGUCAGAAAAUAGAUUGAAUGGAGUUGCUUUAAUGUCUAUUCAUCAGGAAAUAGUUCCUGAUACUAACAGAGUUAUUGAAAUAUUUGCAUCCAAAGGAGACAGAAAAUUAGAGUUUUUGUUCAAAUAA